AUGAGCGCCCACGCGGUCCGCGCCGCCGCGGUCGCGACGACGACGACGAAACCCCAGCGCGAUCGCGUUCGAACAUAUCGCCCUCAUCAUCGCGUGGUCUCGACGACGGCGGCGCGUCCGUCUCCGCGCGCCUCCGCCGCGCCGCGACGAUGGAGCGCCGACGCCGCGACAACGCCCUCCUUGCCGCUCCGCGCCAACUCGCGCGGGGAUCGGAUCGCCGUUCACGCCGGCGCGGCCGCGGCGACGCCGCCCACGAAGCGACAGCCCGGGGAGUCCCUGAACGCGUACUCGGUCGUCAUGAAGUUCGGAGGCUCCUCCGUCGCGGACGCCGCGCGCAUGCGCGAGGUCGCCGACAUCAUCCUCGCGUUCCCGGACGAGCUCCCCGUGAUCGUCCUCUCCGCGAUGGGCAAGUCCACGAACAACCUCAUCGAGGCAGGGGAGCUCGCCGCGGAGUGCGGCGCGGACGCGGUCGCGUCGCUCGCGCCGAUCGCGCGGCUGCGCGAUCUGCACCGCGAAGCCAUGGACGACCUGCGCGUCGACGACGCGACGCGCGAUGAAGUUGACGCGCUCCUGGACGAGAUGCAACGGCUGUGCGCGCACGUCGCGGACGAGAAGAAGCUCACGCCGAGGAACAAGGACGCGAUCUCGAUCGGAAUCGCGUCCGAGCAGCGCGACGCGUUCGACAUCGGGCUCACGACGACGGACGACUUCGGUAACGGCAACAUCGUGGACGUUACCUACGACCUCGUCGCGUCCGCGCUGGCGAUGAAGCCGGGUGCCGACUCGAAGCGCGUCGUCCCGAUCGUGACCGGGUUCUUGGGCAGGGGCGAGAAGACGGGGCUCAUCACUACGCUCGGGCGCGGCGGCUCAGGCGCGUUCUGUACACUGGUUCCCAUACGACCGCACCUCACCGCGACGGUGAUCGGCGCCGCUUUGAACGUCCCGGAGGUGCAAGUGUGGAAGGACGUCGACGGAGUCCUCUCCGCGGACCCGAGGGAGAUUGAUAACACCGCGGUUUUGGAAUUUUUGACCUUCGAGGAGGCCACCGAGCUCGCGUACUUUGGCGCGCAGGUGCUGCACCCGCAGUCGAUGCGACCGGCGAUGGACAAGGACGGCCUCAGGCGCGUUUGUAUAUCUCACACUGGUCCCCAUACGACCGCGUUCGCGUGCGUCCGCGUGAAGAAUUCGUACAACGUCACCGCGCCCGGGACGCUCAUCGGGCACGCGCGGCCGAGAGGGGACGACGACCCGAACUGGAUGCUGACGUCGAUCGUCCAGAAAAAGAGCAUCACGAUGCUGGACAUCGUCUCCACGCGGAUGCUGGGGCAGUACGGGUUUCUCGCGACGGUGUUCGAGGUGAUGGAGAGGAAUAAAAUUUCCGUGGACUGCGUCGCGACUUCCGAGGUGAGCGUGUCGCUGACGCUGGACCCGGCGAAGAUGUGGUCGCGCGACCUCGUGGAGGAGGAGCUCGAGGCGCUCGUGAGAGAUUUCGAGGAGAACGGCAUCGCGCGCGUGACGUGUCAGACCGGGCACUCGCUCAUCUCUCUCAUCGGGAACGUUCGAAGGAACAAAGAGAUCGUCCAGAGGUCCUUCGCGGCGUUGGAACGGGCGGACGUCACGGUGAAGAUGAUCAGUCAGGGCGCGAGCAAGACGAACAUCUCGCUGCUCGUGAACGGGGACGAGGGGACGGAGGCGGUGCGCGCGAUUCACGCCGAGUUCUUCACGUAG